AUGAAGGCUACUGCGUCGAAGUUGUCCUUGGAUGCUGGCAGCCCUAUGAUGAAGCCGAUACAAAUUGUGUGGCAGGGUAUUGGCGGCGAGAUAGAUUCAAUUCAGAUUCAGUUCAGAUUCAGUUCAGAUUCAGUUCAGAUUCAAUUUACUUCCUCUCCCGGCCCAUCGGAUAUGAUUGUCAAGGGCGACAAGGUUGAGAGGUAUUUCCGGGCUUCGAACAUCAGAAAGGCUAUGCCUUCUUCGUUCCCAGGAAUUACCUCCCCUAGAUACCUCCAGACUAUCACACCGACCAGCGUGUCUGUUGAAUGUGGCACCGCAACAUCUGUGAUUGUCAACUGCGUGGAACAAAUAUCACUUCCCGGUGACCAGGAAAAGGAGGUGUGGUUAGCAGAAAUCAAUGGAGUUCGACGAGUACUAAAAUCAUGGAUACCUGACUUAGAUGCACUGUUUGACAAUGAAGCUGCUGUUUACCAUCGCCUAGAAACAGCCCAACCGCCUGGAUCCUGUCUUUUCCCCAAAUGUAUUGCACGAGGACAAGUCAUAUGCUCGAGUCUAUCUCCGGCAGGUUACGUGAUUACUAUGGAAUACCGGGAGGGGGAGGGACUCUGUGAUAUCUGGCAUAUGCUUAAUGCAGCUGAGCGAGCCCACGUUGAAAAUGAAUGUUUGAAGGCUAUCCACGCGCUUCGUGCCAUCUCUAUUCGUCUUGACGACCCUGGGAAGCAUAAUGUUCUAUAUGCAAGAGAGAGUAGGGCCGUGACUCUUCUCGAUUUUGAGGUUGUGGCGCCGCUUGCGACAAACACUCUCACUCCUACCUCCUACGAGAUGGGAAAAUCUCCAACACAGACGAAUAAGAUCCCACGAAUAAAACACAAGUACGAUGUCGACAUGCAAGAUCCUUCGUGGCUGGUAACAUUCUGA